UUUAGGGGGGAGGGGGUUACAACUCCAUAGGAUCUCCGCAAUGGUGCAAUUGCGAGUGAUCCACUCCCGCAACAUUUUCGAUCAUUCUAAACAUUUGCUGACUUUCUUUACGUAAAUAAAAUGAUAUUCUAUGUUUCUUAGUUAUUAUAUAAAUUUACAAACUGCAACUUACGAUUUCUGAGAUUCUAUUCUAUCGUUUUCAACAAUUUCGAUAUAUUCCAAUUUAUCGAUUCAUAUUUGUGCGCCAUGUUUGAUGUACUGAAGUUUCAACUUCCGAUUGUCAAGUUAUUUACAUAUGCCAUAUAAGGUAGUAUUUACAUCAAUGGACGAGUACGGAGGAGAAAGCUAUUUCGCCGGUAUCAAAAAGGUUUAGAUUUAAUAUCAAGUUCAAAAAGAACAGCAGAGUGUAAAUUCUUUCUACAACCAUAUGAUUUCCCUUUCUUUGUCGGGGUGUCUCGACUGAUUUCCGAUGACUUCAUAUCUGCCUUAUCAUCCUGCGUUUGGGUAAUGUAAUUAAAAUGGGACUUUUAUUUUACCAUUUGAUAUUGGUACUUUAUUAUUUUCACGUCGAGGGUUCCAUGAUAGCUGACCAAUCUAUCCCUGACAGGGAGGGUGGAAUAGUGUGUGGCAUUGCAAAAUUGGUGCACGAUGUCUACAAAACAUUGUUAUGGCUGACGCAAACAACAAAAAAUGUCGCAUACCCCAUGACUACUGUUAUGGACACAAAUGGAUUGUAUCAUCAAUUAGUUACGCCCACCCCACGUGGACAAAUUUACACAUGGAGAAAAAUUAUCGUUUGGGAAGUCGUUUUUCCAGAAGCAAUGAACGAAUUCAAAGUUGAUGCAGACGAUGGAAUGAUACUAUGCAUGAAAGUGGUCAAUGAACAAAUAUUCAGAGGACAAGCUCUGGGGAAGUCUAUGAUGAGCGUUUUGAAAAUUGUAUGUGCAAAAUAUGGAAUUGCAGUCAACAUAAUGGCUCAGAACAGUGAGACGAAUAACUUUACCUUCGUCAAAAGAUAUGCACUUGCGCGUAUAUUUCGAACGAAGUAUUACGAAAAUAGAAGUAAAGAAUAUUCCUCGAGGAUCACUGAUCGUGUGAUAUCAAAUGUUUGGACAUAUCGAUAUCUUCAUGAUGGGCUGCAAUUGGGAGAUUGGCAAGGCAUCAGAAAUAUUCAACAAAACACACUCGAUGUAUAUCACAAUAAAUGGUGUGAAACGCAUGGCAAAACUUUUGCAAUUGAUUGGCACGAUUAUACCUUGAACAACAUAAAUGUUUCAUCGAAGUACGAUGCGACACUGGGACUACCAAGGACACAUUGGAUUCCAGAAUACAUCCACACUCCCAAUGAAGAGAGAUAUCUAUUUCUUCUCCAUACCAUGAGGCAUCAAACUUAUUGUUUAAAUUUUCGCUUACCGAAUGUAGAUUUAAUUCAUUCAAGAAAUGAUUUACUUCAUCCAUCUGUACAUGUACUUGAUCACCAGUAUAUUGGAGUCAAGUCUUUGUUUGGAUAUUUUGCAACUAGUCUUUUAACUUUAUAUACUAUGUUUAGCGAUAUUGUCAAUUUUAAAACGAAUUGUAACAAUGAUACUGAUGAGAAUAAUUAUAAACAUUUUUGUGAUUGCAAUACAACCAAGACGAUAUUUAUGGGAUAUCAUGGAUCAUGUCUAAAUGCGUGCAAACAAAAAGUAUUCAACUUCUCUUGCUUUGGGUCUGAAUAUUGGCAAGAAGACCAGACGUGGCAUCUUGUUAAACGUUUCAAUUGGUGGAUGUUGAUACGUAUCCUUAGUUUUGCAAUAAUAUUACAAUGCCUCUUUCGUGAUGUAGAGUUUUGCCCAGCUAAAGAAUCUGCAGCAAAGUCAACCAUCAUAGGCGGAAAAAACAAUAGGUGUUCGAAAAGAAAGAUUCUUUUUAGACAAGUUAUACGUCCAAAAUAUAGACGAAUAGAAGAUACCAUCUUGCAAAGACCUAAAUCGAAGACAUUGCGUUUUUUCACUAGAAAUGGAGAUAAGCAUAUUAAUACGUCAUUUCUUAGUGAGAAUAAUACAGCAGAAAAUUGUAUGCAUGUGAAAACAACAUAUAUAAUGAAAUCAAUACAACAGGAAAGCCAGAAUAUUUAUGAUAAACAUUCAGACACGAGUAUCUUCAAGACUAGAUUCAACAAUUGUACACGUUCAGAAAUGCAAUUCAGGACCGAGCAUGGAUACACAUCUUGUGAGAAGACAUUUCUCCGAAACUGUGGCAAUACACAUAUAAAGAGAGAAACCUCAAUGAUAUUAUUGGGAGAUCGACCUGAUGAAGAGCAAACAACAUUAAAAACUAUCGGAGAAGAAAUGCACCCGUGCGCUGAUGAUUAUGAAAACACGUUUGACACACAAGAAGCUACAUGCCCAAUGGAUCUAGGCAUAUCAUCGAGACAAAACUCUGAUAUCAAUGAAAAUACCGACGAAUUGGAUUUUUCUAUCUUGAGAGAUACUUUCAACAAUUGCGAUGAAUCAAUUCCGCCUCCUGAUGUCGAAGGAACUUAUGAUACAUCGCAUGAAAUCCUAACUGAUGAAAUGCAAUUUUCCUCAAGUGGUAAACACUCAUUACUUCAAAGCGAUAUCUCGAAAACGUUCUCGUCUUCGGUUACCAGUUUUGAUGGGAAAAUGUCGUUAGAUAAAGAUAUUGAAACUACUUCGUGUAGUGAUAUUCUUAGAAAUUCAGAUUUGAGCAACAUUGAAGUGUACGGUUGUUCGUUUUCUACACGAAGAGAUGUAACAACAGUGAAAAAUUUUGGUAGUCCUAUUGAAAGUCCGUCAUUCGAAAUUCACAAUGACAAAAGGGAAAUUACAAAUGAGGAAUUCAAAGAAAAGAAAUCACACCAGAAUUUUUAUUCCUUGAUAAAAAAAACUGUGGUAAAAUAUUUUGAUUUAAGGCUGAGAAGGAGAAUUCGUCGAAACAAGAGUAAAGUGAAAAGAAGAAUAAGAAGGUUCUGUCUGCGAUGGAAAAAACCAAAGAAGGUCAAUCAUGAAUCAAUUCAAUGUUGUCCUUUCCUUAAUGUAGGAAAUACAGAGGACUGCAAUCAACCUCAAACAACAGUAUCCUCUCAUCCAAUAGACGAGGAGUAUCUACACUCUCAUACGCCUCCGGAGUCUGUCGGAUCAUUGAGUUCCCUUUUCAAUGAUAUCUCUUUUCAGUCAGCCCAUGACGAUGAUAGAUACCGUUACGAAUGGUUUCGAUUAGCGUCUCUUUGUCACUUUGACUCCGAUUCCGUUCAUGCUAUCAUCCUUGCCAGAAAUGGUUGGUACGGUAGAGAAAAUGGAAAUGAAACCGUUUGCUAUAGCUGUCACAUGGUUCGAGAUUCCUGGGAGAGUGGUGAUGACCCACGGACCUUCCACGACUCCAACUGCAGAUUCCUUAGUGACGAAUUUAACAAUGUGCCCAUACCACGCAAUUGUGAUCAGAACAGAAUUCAUGUCGACCAUUCACGCCCUAUCACAGGCAGAGACACACUUCAAAGUGACGGACAACGUUAUAGACUUCCUCAAAACAAUGUCACAACAGAUGAGAGGCAAGAAUCGAGUAAUAUGUCAAGUCAACUCUCAAGUAUCUCAAGUAAUUCGUCCAGUAUCUACCGCAUGCAGUAUGGAAGGCAGGACAUUUCUGAAAGACCAAUAGACAACAGUCAAAGAGCAACGAGAACAGAGAAUGGGACCCCUUCAGAUAGAGGGAAUCAAACUGACUUAGGUUCUCGUGCAACACAAGCUGCAGCUCCCAGCAAUGACACUGCUCAUUCUCCACUGGAGGCUUUAAUGAGGGAUCCCAUGGGUAUCAAUUUUGAACGCCCCAAAUACCCGUCCUACGCCAUUCUGGCUAUUCGGAUCAGUUCCUAUACUGAUUGGCCGACGACCAUGACGCAGACACCACGUGACAUGUCUCUAGCUGGGUUCUUCUAUGCUGGUUACGGAGACUAUACACGGUGUUUCUUCUGUGGAGGGGGACUGAGGAACUGGGAGGCAGGCGACGAUCCAUGGGUCGAACACGCUCGUUGGUUCAGCAAAUGUGCAUUUGUAAGACAAAACCGUGGACAACAGUUCAUCGACCUUGUCCUCCAGAGAAUGAGAGAAAUAGAACAACAACAAACAGAGCCGCAAGUAGCCGGUCCUGUGGAUGAUCAACCCUCUAAGGAGGAUAGAAUCAUGAAUUCUGCCGCUGUGAGGAGCAUCAAAGAUAUGGGGUACAACGAUGAGACAAUCAAGGCAGCCAUUAGCGCUAUCAAGAGUAGACUACCUAAAGGAAAACACAAAGUUUCUGCCCAUGAGAUUUUGGAAGUAGUCUUCGAACUUAUAGAUAAAGAUAGAACAGGGCCUUCAACUGAAAUGAACUGGAGUAGACAUGCCGAGAGAGCAACAACGACGGAAGAUCAAUUCCACAAUACAAACAUUACCGAAGAAUCAAAGGACGGACCUCAGCAAAGUGAAGUGGAGGAAGAGCAAGAGGAAACUGCUUCUCAACGUUUUAACAGUUUGACACUAAAUGAUGUGGAGUCCCUGCAGCGUGAGAACACGAGUCUGAAGGACCAGAUUCUGUGUAAGAUCUGUAUGGAGAAGAAUGUGUCCAUAGCCUUCCUGCCCUGUGGUCAUCUGGCCUGCUGUGUGGACUGCGCUCCGGCCAUGAGAAAAUGUCCUAUAUGUAGGGAGUUCGUUAGGGGCACUGUCAAAACCUUUCUCGUGUAAGGCAGACGAGAAUCGGCGUAUCAUUCUCUAAGGAUAUACAGGAAAUCGUCAACGAGCACAGAAGUCUCACCCAGUGGAAAAAUCAAUGUGGCGAGCCACAUUUGCUAUAAAAGCUAAACGGAGAACAAUAUCUCCAUCGCCCUCCUGUCAUGCCAUUUCAUGUCCUGCUGUAUGGACUGUUUCACUUCAACAGUCAACAUUAGGCCGUUCGCACUAAUUUUGGCUACGGAUAACUCCGUUUACCUUAUCAAUAUAUAGGGCUCACGGCGGGUGUGACCCGUCGACAGGGCAUGCUUACUCCUCCUAGGCACCUGAUCUAACCUCUGGUAUGUUCAGGGGUCCGUGUUGGUAUUGCUUAUAGGAGUUAUAAGAUUGAUCACUGUUCGUUAUCUUCACCUUUCAAUAUGUUGAAAUUGCAGUGUAUUUUUUAUAUCACAUUUCAAGUUUGAAUACCAAAUAAUUUAAAUAUAUUCCUCAGUUUUCACAUUUACAUCUACUUCAAAAAAGUUAAAUCAAGGAUUCUAAAUAAGUGACUCAAAGAUAGAUAUGUAUAUAUACUGUAACAAAGAUGUAAUGAUUGUAUAUAUUUAAAACUAGUAAUUCAUACAUAUAUGUAAAUCUUUGAUGUUUGCUAUGACCCAUCGAUGUCUUCAUCCGGCGUUUCGAAAUGGAUUCGAGCAUUGUUAUAUCUCUCGUCAAAUCUCGCACUGAACAAUAUCAGGAUUUGGUUUAGACUCAUAUUUAGUUGAAAUAAUGAAUUAAUGCAUCUCGAUGAUUGAUUGUGUAUCAAUGUUGGGAACAAUGACUGCUCCAUUUUAAAAGAACUGGGUUCAUAAGAAUCCCUUUGUACGGAGGUGACAUUAGGAUUUAAGUUCUGUUUCACAACAGUUUUAUAUGUAAAACUUAUACGGUACCAAUUUUGUUGCACCAGAUGCGCAUUUCGACAAAUAAUGUCUCUUCAGUGAUGCUCAACCGAAAUGUUUGAAAUCCGAAAUAACUAUGAAGUAUUAGAGCUAAAUAUAGCCAAAAACAGCGUGCCAAAAAAGUGAAGCCAAAUUCGUUGAAAUGCUUUGGAUCCUUCCAUAUUGUUUUACAACCCUUUAGUGAAUGUGUCACUUGUGUAGAUAUGUCACCGGCUAUAUGUCUACAGCUGUAGAGUGUGAGUCAACUCCGAGUACUCUCUUUAAAAUUCCACAGAUACCCGUCUUUCAUUCAGCAUUGCUUUGAAUGUAGCUUUACUGUCAUAUGUUCAUGGAAACGACAUCAGUAUUUCCAGUUUUACAGCACGAAUACGGCAGUCUUACUUUUUGUGAUAGAUAUUCAAUGUAUCACCUGCGUUACACUGUUAGGCUUUUACACCUUACAGUGUAGCACAGCAGGCAAGGGAAAUGACGAUUUAAUGCUUUUACACCUUACAGUGUAGCACAGCAGACAAGGGAAAUGACGAUUUAAUGCCUUUACACCUUACAGUGUAGCACAGCAGGCAAGGGAAAUGACGAUUUAAUGCUUUGAGGAAAUUGCUACACUGUUGCCCCAAUCUGUCACAAUUACAUGCCGUACACAAUAAGCUGUUCAACAAUUACGUGUACGUAUAUACACAUGUAACAAUCUGUUCGACAAUUACAUGUACAUACAUAACAAGUUGUUCCACAACCACGUGCACGUACAUGUAUAUAACAAGCUGUUCCAAAAUUACACGCAUGUACAUAAUAAGCUGUUCCACAAUUGCAUGCACACACCAAGAUGUUCCACAAUUGCAUGCACGUAUAUACACAUGUAACAAUAUGUUCGACAAAUACAUGUACAUACAUAACAAGUUGUUCCACAAUUACAUGCACGUACAUAAUAAGCUGUUCCACAAUUACAUGCACGUACAUAAUAAGCUGUUCCACAUUGGGUCAAGGUCCUUAUACAUAUGUUCCUUGGCGAUCCAUUGACGGAACAGCCUAAACAUCCGACGAGAGAUUGUUGGAAGACCUAUUUCUAAAAUAUGCCAGAUUUUUAAGUGUGUACUACAAUUUUUUUCCAAUAUAUAUGGACUUCUCUUUUAUAGAGCAUGUAUGGUAUUUAAGGGUCAAUACAUUGUACUGGUUCGUAGAUUUGUAUCCAGUCUUCGAUUUGAUAUUUCAUAUACAGUAAAUCACACAUUAUUGGCUUGAAAAUCAUUUAUGUGUAAUUUCGUGAGAUUUGUCAUUCACUAGAAUUAUUUCUCAUGAGUAAACUCUUAAAUAUAUAUGCCUUGCUAUAAAUAAUGUCUUUUUGCAUCCUCGCAAAAUGAAGGUAUCGCGAAUAAAUGGCAAUGAAUGGAUGAAGAACACAUACUAUGUAGACGUGUUUGUAUUGAUGUAACUCAUUGUUCAGGAGAAAUCCACUGUUUAUUUAGACCAAACUUGUGGGUGUUUGAAGUCUUACACGAUUAAAUACGUACAUACAACUUCACCUGAUGACUGUUGGAUGUACCUUAAGAAUGUCUACAUGUUUAAUUUGAUUUACUAUCAAUGACAUACAUUUUAUAUUUGUUGUGUAUGAAAUUCUGGAAGACCGACUUGUACUCGGACUGUUUGAUCCUAAUAUUCGAAUAUUUGUUUCAUUCGAAACGUCUAGGCUAGUAUCUCUAAUUUAUCAGGAAUUCGAGUUAUGUAUGAUUUUUCAAUGUUAAAUCGAACGCCAAUUGUUCUUCAAAAAACUUUUUCUAGGUUCAGUUUUGGCCUACUACCGUCUCAAUAAUGCACAUGUUUGUUCCUGUUUCGCUAGCACUGUACAUGUAAAUUUGAAUUUAUGUGUUGUUUGUUAUAUUUUAUGAUGGUCUGCUGCAUUAUUUGCAAGCACUUACAUGAUAGUUUGUUUCAUAUACCCUGUGAAUGUGAUGCUACAUUCAUAUUCUUAUCCUAUCUGUGCAUCCGUUGGUUAUGUGCAAUUUGUUAUAUUCCUUCAUUGUUAUUAUCAACCUAUUCUUGAUGUUUAUUGUCGGAAAAAUUAUUAUAUUAUUUCAUAUUGUUAUUAAACUCCGUUUACCUGAUCAGGAUAUGGGGCUCACGGCGGAUGUGACCGGUCAACAGCGGAUGCCUACUCCUCCUAGGCACCUGAUUCCACCUCUGGUGUGUCCAGAGGUCUGUGUUUGCCCAACUAUCUAUUUUGUAUUGCUUGUACGAGUUAUGAGAUUGAUCACUGUUCGUUAUCUUCACCUUGCAUUCAAAGGGACAUGAUGAAAUAUUAUUAUUUUUGUUCUACUAAUUAUACAUUGUGCAUCACUUUACACUGUAUUUCCUUUAUUGUUUAUGCAUUACGUGGUAUAUCACGUAUGUGGAAUCGAUACUUCACCAGACCUUACGUUAUAUAUACCAUUGUUAUUAUGUAUAUAUUGUGUAUUUAUCAAUGCAAAAGUAUACUUCAUCACCGGAACGUGUAUCCGCCAGACGUGCUUUUGUAAACACCCAUAGCGUCCAUCACGAGAUACGAAUACUAGAUAAAGUGUUAAGUGUACAUCAUUUAUCUAGUUCACUUGCUUGAUUGGUGAGUGAUUUUAUUACUAAUAGUAAUUUUGCAUGGUUCGCAUUAGUGUCUAUUUAUGUUACUUUUUUCAUCAAUUACUUGAAAGCAUACAAUGUUAGUUGGGAUAAAAUAUCCUCGGAUUCCCGUGUAAUUCUCACCAAUGGUGCCAGGGGUCCAUUGGAUUGAAUGUAUUUUAUUAUUAUCAUUAUUUUGGUAUUUAUGUAUCUAUGAAUUAUUUGACGAUGGUGUAGUUUUGUAGUGCAGACUGUCCAGUAGGGGCCCUGCUAUACUAGGUUUGUUGCGGCGAGGUGACGAUGGUGCAUUCUUACUGUAUUGUCUUCACUAAUAAUUCAUGUCUUGACGAAUGGAAGUGUUUUCCCAAAUAUUCACAAUUUCUAUUGUUUAUAUAGUGAUUUUGUGCUUUGCACAUUUACUACGUACUGUUGAGGGUGUAUUUCUAUUUGCAAAGCCUUGUAUUCGAUUUACAGAUCCAACACUUGUCCGGAAAUGUAUUGUUUUAUUGUUCUCGUAUUCUAUGUAUUUGAUUGGUUUUUGACGAAGUGUUUUUACAGAUAUUAUUUUUAGAUCAGUUGUGUUUGUAAAGAUUACAAUUUAACAUACUGUAUAAUUCAACUAUCACAAUAAUGAUUAAGAACAGGACUUUCAGAUGGCUUCAUGCCGUUUUUAAUUGCCCAGACACGGUUGUUCUGAAAGAGAAAACAUUUUCACCCAGUCUUAAUAAGACUCACUCGCAACGAGUGUGAAAGGGGGCAAAAAUAAUACGGGGCAAAUAUUUCCGUCUAUACGGUAUUUAAUAUGUCAUGAAUUGUGUUUCAUAUAUGUGUGCUGUAUAUUUUGUAUAUACUACAAACACAAGGUAAUAGCUGUACAUAUAUCCACGAGUCUUACAAUUAAAAUUGCAUGAUCAAGA